UCCCCACGUCGCUCUGAAACCUCUUCAAAACCCCCCACACACACUCUCACUUUCUCACGCUACAUGUUUCUCUCCAUUUCGCGGAAACCUAAAGUGGUGACGACUAGUGUUUUCGGGAGAUUCGCGCUCUAAUUACUCUCCAUUGCCUUCAAAUCUAGUUGGGAGUAUUUACGUUGGAGAGAUUUGCGGCGGUGGAGCGGCGGUCCUGGAAUUUGUGAAUUGAGAAGAGGUAUGAUUCUUCUUAAACAUUCAUUUGUUUUGAACAGGUGGCAGCAGCAAAAGCAGAUUUAAAUUAGAUCGGUUUGGAAGGGGAAAUUGGAUGCAUGGUGAAUGGCGCUGGGUUGGCAAUGGCUACAAUGGAUAUCAUAAAAAGUUACAUGGAGGAACACCUGCCAAUUUUCUAGAUGUAGGUGGGAACGCUUCUGAAGGACAGGUUGUUGAGGCUUUCAAGAUCUUGACAUCUGAUGACAAGGUUGCAUUAAAGGUGCCCGUUGUGGUUCGUCUUGAAGGCACAAAUGUUGAUCAAGGAAAGAGGAUUCCUAAGGAAAGCGGGAUGACGUUGAUUACAGCUGAGGAUUUGGAUGAUGCAGCCGAGAAAGCCGUUAAAGCACUUAAAUCAGCUUAAGACGAUUGCAAUCAUGGGUUGCAUAGUAAAUGGACCAGGGGAGAUGGCUGAUGCAGAUUUUGGAUACGUCGGUGGUGCUCCUUGAAAGAUUGAUCUUUAUGUUGGAAAGACGGUGGUACAAAGAGGAAUUGCAAUGGAGAAUGCAACGGAUGCAUUGAUUCAACUGAUCAAAGAUAACAGACGUUGGGUGGAUCCUCCUGCGGAGGAGUAAGACGUUGAUUCAAGAACAUUUAUGGUCAUUGUAUUAAAUAAAAAGGUGAUGAUACUGGAAAGUGUUGUUAUAUUGUUAUGACAUAGUGUAGGUGUCAAGUAUAUUAAUGUUUUGUCAUGUACAGAUUGAGUAUGGGAUCUAAAAACCUUUUUAACACAGCCACCUUACUAUUU